UAUGAAGACAAACGCGAAUUUUGUCGAUGAUCGACCCGCAUUACGGACAAAGGGUAGCAUUUGUCAGUACAGUGCACCUCUACUUGACUGCCAUAAUGUUAUGGAAUGAGGAUACAUCGUACUCUAUGACCCUCGUCAAACACUUAACUGUACCCAUUGGUGGUUGGCCCUUGCAAGAAUAUAAUAAGUUUACUUUGUUGCGUCAUAUUUUAUGUAGUUUUGGAUUGAGCGUGGUAGUCAUUGUACAGUAUCUUGAACUCUAUUACAACUGCACCAGCGCGAAUGCGAAUCUUGAUGCUCUCACGCUUUUUGUAUGCGGUAUUCUCGCUUUAACAAAAAUAAUAUGGUUUCGUAUAUACGCUGAUAAUCUGAUUUGCAAUUACUCUUCUGCUAUGAAUGAUUAUCUUGCGAUGGACACCGAGGAGAAGCGCAUCAUUAUGCGAAAGCACGCUUUCUGGGGAAGGAUAAUCUGCAUUAUCGCCUUGUUGAUCGCCUAUGUCGAUUCGGUGAUCUUUAUCAUGGGACACGCACAAAUAAGCAGUGAGGAAGCUAAAGUUAAUAUAUCUAUCCUGGGUCAUCAAGCGGGAUAUGCCAUUCCAUCAACAUGUACCUUAGCGCACUUCCACAUUUCGACGAGCUCGUAUUUGGUGAUUUUCGCGCUGGAAUAUAUUUAUUUAGUAAUUAUGUGCCUUAGUAAUCAUGGUAGUGACUCUGUAUUCCUUCAUAUCGUAUUACACGUGUGUGGGCAAUUGAAAAUUCUAAAGGCGAAUUUUAUAAACUUUGACGUUAAAGGUCCACAGGUACACGAGCGUUUUAAUGCGUUAAUUAUGAGACAUGAUCAUUUGAUACAAAUGACCAGAAAACUUGCUGAAAUAAUUAGCUUUGUUUUGACGGUGCAACUCUUUAUCAGUAGUAUGCUUAUAAUUAUAGUAGGUAAAUAUGUAUUAAUGUGACAUGCAUUAAGUGAGAUAUGAAAUAUUAUAAAACAUUACAUU